GCAAAGGAUCUUUCUGCUGGUGGAAAUCUUGAUCUAUAUGCAGCAAACAAUUCAGAUGAUUGCUAUACUUUUGAGUGAUCAGAACUUGAGGGUAUCAGAUGAAAUAUCAGGUUCAUCUGUCAUUGCCUUACUGGAAUUUCUUUUAUAAUUAAGUUUUACUGCCAACGAUUUCAAGAAAUUUCACCCUUGGUAAAUGUAAGACUGGCCCUUGGAGCAAUACCACAAAGUGGGAAGAAAAGGGUGGGUAGUUCCAUCAUCUCAUCAUGGUGCUUCCACCCCCAGAUAAGCGCCAUGUGUGUCUUACUACCAUUGUUAUUAUGACCAGCAUGGCAUUCAUGGAUGCUUAUCUGGUAGAGCAGAACCAAGGGCCUCGUAAAAUUGGUGUCUGCAUCAUUGUUCUGGUAGGAGACAUCUGCUUUUUGAUUGUGCUGCGCUAUGUGGCCGUCUGGGUGGGGGCUGAGGUGAAGACAGCCAAACGGGGCUAUGCUAUGAUUCUUUGGUUCCUCUAUAUCUUUGUGCUGGAAAUCAAACUGUAUUUUAUAUUCCAGAAUUAUAAGGCUGAUAAGAGAAAUCUGGAGACGGUGGCUAGAAAGGCACUGACCUUGCUUCUCUCUAUUUGUGUGCCAGGAUUGUACCUAGUGCUAGUAGCCUUGGACAGCAUGGAAUAUAUACGUACCUUCCGGAAGAAAGAGGAUUUGCGAGGGCGUCUCUUCUGGGUGGCCUUGGACUUAUUGGAUAUCUUAGAUAUUCAAGCCAACCUGUGGGAACCACAGAAGACUGGUCUGCCAAUCUGGGCAGAAGGACUCAUGUUCUUCUAUUGCUACAUAUUGCUCCUGAUCCUGCCCUGUGUUUCCUUGAGUGAGAUUAGCAUGCAAGGAGAGCAUAUUGCUCCCCAGAAAAUGAUGCUCUACCCUGUCCUGAGUCUGGUGACCAUAAACAUGGUUACCAUAUUCAUCCGAGCCAUUAAUAUGGUCCUGUUUCAAGACAGCAGAGUUUCUACAAUCUUCAUUGGCAAGAAUAUCAUUGCCAUUGCUACCAAGGUCUGCACAUUCCUAGAAUACAAGAAGCAAGUGAAGGAGUUCCCACAAAAUGCCAUUGCACUUGAGCUCCAGCAGAACUCGGUGCCCCACAACCAGUCCCUCCACAAUACACAAGGCCUUCCUCAUGAGCCAUCCCCCACCAGGGAGAUUUUGGACACAUGAUGAGCCUCUUCUUAGAUAUCAGCAUUGGUUCUUGUUUACUUGGAUGGAGAGAAUGGGCAGAGAAAUAAUACUGCUCUCAUUCCAGCAUAGAGAGCUGCUUCUAGCACAAGAUUUUAACAAAUGGAGGAACAUCCCCCUGCAACUCAGGUAUUUCCAAGGGGCCCUCUGGAAAGAAAGCAAAACCAAUGGACCUUCCAAGCAGAACCUCAUCUACUCCAGCAUCUGAUCUUUUCUAUCUGUUUGUUACCUGUGCUUCAACUUGUAAGGAAUGAGAAUUUGUUAUCACGGCCUUUUUUAAAGAAAGGGACAGGGUGGGAUGGGGCAGGAGGGGAGAAUCAGGACUGGCACUUCAGUCAGUGCACCAGUAUAUUGAGUCUUAUUGGAAAUGGUUGUGUUUACAGUUUCUUAUUUUCAAACAAAACAAAAACAAAAAAAAGGUCCUGUAAAGUUGCUGCAGAAAACUGGAUUUGGGGCAGUUUUUUUAAAUCUUUACUAAAUAGAUCCUUUGCUCUGUUCAGUUCCACUCAGCAAGCAGCAGCCUCACUCAUUUGGCCAGGAAAGUUCUAACAUUGCCAAAGUCUUCAGCCAGCCCUUCAAAGAAUCUUAUUUAACAUCACAUCUCAUAUUUUAAGAACAUUUAAAAUGAUUCAGUGCAAGAUUUCUGUUUUUCAGAAAACAAGUAUUUCUGUUCCAUUCACGUGUGUGCACACUUGAGUUCUGAUGAUGGAAUGACGUUCCAGAGCUUUUCAAGCUACACUGGCCUGGGGAAACAUACAGGUAGUACUAUAAAUGAAAACGGAGAUUCACAGAAUGAUGAGCAUUCACUUUUAUUCCUGCAGCAGCUUAAUUUAUAACUGCUGCUUUUAUAUGAACUACACAGACAGCCUCUAAAAUAAGGUAUGGGACAACACCUUUAAGCAAAAACUAUUGGGACACAAAACAGAGCAACAGUUUCCCAGCAAAAAUGUUGCACAAGCCUGAAAGCAAUGCAAGACUAUUUUUUUCUUAGUGAUCUCCCAUUCCCUCACUGGUGUCUUGAUCACAUACCAACAGAUUUUUUUCCCAGUGAGUACUCAUUCUGCAUCAGAUACCUCAUUUGGCCAUGCAUAGCCAUUCCUCACUUAGCAACCUAAAACAAGGAAUCAAAUUUGUUCUUUUGCCAUCCCCAUAAAAAUAUAUAGUCAAUCUUAUUGUGGUGGGAUUUACUAUAUGCUUUUUAAGCUCGGUCUUGUCAUUAGGUAAGGAUAUGAACAUUUGGCCUAUAAGUAGAAAAUAUUCAACUCGUUUAUUACAGUGAAUGAAAGCAAGAGAAUUGGCAGAAGAGAGUCUAAACAUUCUUGUUAUACAAAGUAGCCAUUCUCUCAACCAAAAAAGCAGUGGAGAGGAAUGUAAAGGGAAGAGGCAGUAGGAACAUAAGUUUUGAAGAUACUACCUAUCUUGAAAGAUGCAAAUGUAUAAGGAUAAUGCAGUCUUGCUCUGCAUGGAUCUGGGGUAGGGUAUUGGGAAUUAACCAAGUCACUACCUACAUUGACCUUAUUGCUCUUACUACUUUACUAAUUUUGGCCUCCCAAAACAUGUUCAGGGUGUUGCUAUCCCUGAAGGAAAUAUAUGAAGAUGCUUAGUGCAUUUCAUU